CAAAGAAUGUCCUAAGACUCCUUGACUGGAACACGGAAGUAGGAUUGGUAACGAGUUUUUAUUGUUCCUUGUGUGGAGUAAAGAAAGACUUACUUACUAAACUAAAUAGUCUACCCAACUCUAAUUGUAUUGAAAUGUCUAAACUACAGAUGUUGUGUGUGUUUUUAAAUGAGCGUUUAACGGCGGCUGCUUUGGAGAUUUUCGGGGAAGUUGAGAAAACGGUAGUAGAGUACCAGGAGGAGAAUGAUCGGCUACGGAGACUUCUGCGGAGGACACCAGAGAUACAACAAUGUCGAAUAGUCCCUCCAGAAUCCCUGCAGCUCUCUGUCUCUGAAGAGGAGGUUCCCCCUGAGCAGCAGCACUGUGAGCAGGAGUGGAGCCCCAGUCUGGGACAGGAGGACCCAGAGACCACACAGAUUAAAGAGGAACAGGAGGAAGUCAGGACCAGUCAGGAGGAAGAGCAGCUUCAAGGGGUGGAGCCUGAUGUCAUAGAGUUCAUAUUUAGUCCGUCCUGUGUGAAAAGUGAAUGUGAUCAGGAGGACCCAUGUCAAGAAGCCGUACUAGCUGAACACCCAACUCUCAGUCCACUGAAAACAUCUAAACUACAGUCGUUUCGAGAGUUUUUAAAUGAGCGUUUAACGGCGUUUGCUGCUGUGGAGAUUUCCAGGGAAUUUGCGAAAGCGGUAGCAGAGUACCAGGAGGAGAAUGAUCGGCUACGGAGACUUCUGCGGAUCACACCGGAGAUUAAACUAUGUAGAAUAGAAUCCCUGCAGCUCUCUGUCUCUGAAGAGGAGGUUCCCCCUGAGCAGCAGCACUGUGAGCAGGAGUGGAGCCCCAGUCUGGGGCAGAAGGACCCAGAGACCACACAGAUUAAAGAUGAACAGGAGGAAGUCAGGACCAGUCAGGAGGAAGAGCAGCUUCAAGGUCUGGAGCCUGAUAUCAUGAAGUUCAUAUUCACUCCUUCCUGUGUGAAAAGUGAAUGUGAUCAGGAGGACCAAACCAAGACUGUGGAGAACAGAGAGAGUGACUCUGAAACAGUGGAUCUCAAACCUUUUGUCACUGUCACCCACAUUAAGGGUCUCAACAUUCCCUGUGACUCUACAGAUAAUCAAAACAAUGCCUCCAGCCACAGCUCAGCCGUAAGCAGCUACACAGUAGGACUUGACAUCAGCCCACCAUUGGAUCCCAGCCCACCAUUGGAUCAAAACCCACCAAUGGGGGAACAUUGUUCCAAACCCAGCACCAUGUCUAGAACAACGUACCACUGCCGUGACUGUGGUGAAGCGUUUGCUCUGAAAGCUGACCUGCAGAGACAUGUGACUCUCACCAAGAAGAGACUCAGCGAAUGCAGCUUUUGCAAAAAAAGCUACAACUCUACCUGUCAACUGAAGGCCCAUGUCCGACUCUGUCACAGUGGGAAACCCUGCACCUGCCCUGUUUGUGGAAUGACCUUCAAACACAAAGGAGCUCUGUCCAAUCACAUGAGGAUUCACACAGGAGAGAAAUCAUUUAGCUGUGGUGACUGUGGGAAAAGAUUCAAUCGGAAGAUGAGCCUAACUGAACAUAAACUGACUCACACAGGAGAGAAACCAUUUAGCUGUGUUGAUUGUGGGAAAAGCUUCAAUCGGAAAGGUCACCUAACCAUACACAAACUGACUCACACGGGAGAGAAACCAUUUAGCUGUGGUGACUGUGGGAAAAGCUUCAAUCGGAAGGGGCACCUAACCAUGCACAAUCUGACUCACACAGGAGAGAAACCAUUUAGCUGUGGUGACUGUGGGAAAAGCUUCAAUCGGAAGGGGCACCUAACCAUGCAUAAACUGACUCACACAGGAGAGAAACCAUUUAGCUGUGGUGACUGUGGGAAGAGCUUCAAUCGGAAGGAACAUCUAUCCAUGCAUAAACUGACUCACACAGGCGAAAAACCUUUUAGCUGUGGUGACUGUGGGAGGAGCUUCAAUCAGAAAGGGGAUCUAAGGAGGCACAAACUGAUUCACACAGGAGAGAAACAACAUGGCUGCUCCUUCUGUGGUAAAGGAUUCACUCAGAAGACAAAUCUUCUGAGGCAUGUAGACAAAGUCCACAAAGGAAGAAAACAGGACAGAAACUGAAAGAAAGGGAAAGGGGGAUACCUAGGUAGUGUUCCAACUGAAUGCAUUCCACUGAAAUGUGUCUCCCGCAUUUAACCCAACCCCUGUGAAUCAGAGAGGUGCUGGGGGGCUGCCUUAAUCGACAUCCACGUUGUCUGCGCCCGGGGAUCGGUGGGUUAACUGCCUUGUUCAUGGGCAGAACGACAGAUUUUUACCUUGUCAGCUCGUAGAUUCGAUCCAGCAAACCUUUCGGUUACUGGAAAGAACAUUAGGACAAAGAGAUUGUCUGGGGAAAAAUAAUGAAUGGCAAUAGGAAAAAGAAACAUAUCAAAUACUUAGGAUGCUUAAUGAGUGACAACAAACAACAAAUAUAGAAAGAUGCCUUUAUAUCAUUACUCAACUAUAUGAAAGCAGAUCUAAUUCAAUGGAAUAAUCUGCCUGUAAAUCUUACAAGAGGUAGAAGAAACCUCUUCAAAAUGGCAUGGCUCCUAAAGGUUUUGUAUUUAUUUUCCGUAAUACCAAUUACCCAUAUUUGGAAAAGUAUACUGGGUCAUAAGUCUGUAUAUGAUCACGAUACAGCCACAUGAUUGGUCAGUGGGGGAGUGGGGUUAGAGCCACAUGAUUGGUCAGUGGGGGAGUGGGGUUAGAGCCACAUGAUUGGUCAGUGGGGGAGUGGGGUUAGAGCCACAUGAUUGGUCAGUGGGGGAGUGGGGUUAGAGCCACAUGUGAUUGGUCAUAAGUCUGUAUAUGAGAAAAUAGAAUAAAAUAGUUUCCAUCUUCCUGUGUCUGAGGGUGGUUUAUCUUCCUGAGUCUGAGGGUGGUUUAUCUUCCUGAGUCUGAGGGUGGUUUAUCUUCCUGAGUCUGAGGGUGGUUUUACCUUCCUGAGUCUGGGGGUGGUUUUACCUUCCUGCGUCUGGGGGUGGUUUUACCUUCCUGAGUCUGGGGGUGGUUUUACCUUCCUGAGUCUGGGGGUGGUUUUACCUUCCUGAGUCUGAGGGUGGUUUUAACUUCCUGAGUCUGGGGGUGGUUUUACCUUCCUGAGUUGGGGGUGGUUUUACCUUCCUGAGUCUGGGGGUGGUUUUACCUUCCUGAGUCUGGAGGUGGUUUUACCUUCCUGAGUCUGGGGGUGGUUUUACCUUCCUGAGUCUGGGGGUGGUUUUACCUUCCUGAGUCUGGAGGUGGUUUUACCUUCCUGAGUCUGGGGGUGGUUUUACCUUCCUGAGUCUGGGGGUGGUUUUACCUUCCUGAGUCUGAGGGUGGUUUUACCUUCCUGAGUCUGGGGGUGGUUUUACCUUCCUGAAGGUGGUUUUACCUUCCUGAGUCUGGAGGUGGUUUUACCUUCCUGAAGGUGGUUUUACCUUCCUGAGUCUGGAGGUGGUUUUACCUUCCUGAGUCUGGGGGUGGUUUUACCUUCCUGAGUCUGGAGGUGGUUUUACCUUCCUGAGUCUGGGGGUGGUUUUACCUUCCUGAGUCUGGGGGUGGUUUAUCUUCCUGAGUCUGGGGGUGGUUUAUCUUCCUGAGUCUGGAGGUGGUUUUACCUUCCUGAGUCUGGGGGUGGUUUUACCUUCCUGAGUCUGAGGGUGGUUUUAUCUUCCUGAGUCUGGUUUUACCUUCCUGAGUCUGAGGGUGGUUUUACCUUCCUGAGUCUGAGGGUGGUUUUACCUUCCUGAGUCUGAGGGUGGUUUUACCUUCCUGAGUCUGAAGGUGGUUUUACCUUCCUGAGUCUGAAGGUGGUUUUACCUUCCUGAGUCUGAAGGUGGUUUUACCUUCCUGAGUCUGAAGGUGGUUUUACCUUCCUGAGUCUGGGGGUGGUUUUACCUUCCUGAGUCUGGGGGUGGUUUUACCUUCCUGAGUCUGAGGGUGGUUUUAUCUUCCUGAGUCUGGUUUUACCUUCCUGAGUCUGAGGGUGGUUUUACCUUCCUGAGUCUGAGGGUGGUUUUACCUUCCUGAGUCUGAAGGUGGUUUUACCUUCCUGAGUCUGGAGGUGGUUUUACCUUCCUGAGUCUGGAGGUGGUUUUACCUUCCUGAAGGUGGUUUUACCUUCCUGAGUCUGGAGGUGGUUUUACCUUCCUGAAGGUGGUUUUACCUUCCUGAAGGUGGUUUUACCUUCCUGAGUCUGAAGGUGGUUUUACCUUCCUGAGUCUGGGGGUGGUUUUACCUUCCUGAGUCUGGGGGUGGUUUUACCUUCCUGAGUCUGGGGGUGGUUUUACCUUCCUGAGUCUGAGGGUGGUUUUAUCUUCCUGAGUCUGGUUUUACCUUCCUGAGUCUGAGGGUGGUUUUACCUUCCUGAGUCUGAGGGUGGUUUUACCUUCCUGAGUCUGAGGGUGGUUUUACCUUCCUGAGUCUGAAGGUGGUUUUACCUUCCUGAGUCUGGAGGUGGUUUUACCUUCCUGAGUCUGGAGGUGGUUUUACCUUCCUGAGUCUGGGGGUGGUUUUACCUUCCUGAGUCUGGAGGUGGUUUUACCUUCCUGAGUCUGGAGGUGGUUUUACCUUCCUGAGUCUGGGGGUGGUUUUACCUUCCUGAGUCUGGGGGUGGUUUUACCUUCCUGAGUCUGGGGGUGGUUUUACCUUCCUGAGUCUGGGGGUGGUUUUACCUUCCUGAGUCUGGGGGUGGUUUUACCUUCCUGAGUCUGAGGGUGGUUUUAUCUUCCUGAGUCUGGGGGUGGUUUUACCUUCCUGAGUCUGGGGGUGGUUUUACCUUCCUGAGUCUGGGGGUGGUUUUACCUUCCUGAUGGUGGUUUUACCUUCCUGAGUCUGAGGGUGGUUUUAUCUUCCUGAGUCUGGGGGUGGUUUUACCUUCCUGAGUUUGGAGGUGGUUUUACCUUCCUGAGUCUGGAGGUGGUUUUACCUUCCUGAGUCUGAGGGUGGUUUUAUCUUCCUGAGUCUGAGGGUGGUUUUACCUUCCUGAGUCUGGGGGUGGUUUUACCUUCCUGAAGGUGGUUUUACCUUCCUGAGUCUGGGGGUGGUUUUACCUUCCUGAGUCUGGGGGUGGUUUUACCUUCCUGAGUCUGGGGGUGGUUUUACCUUCCUGAGUCUGGGGGUGGUUUUACCUUCCUGAGUCUGGGGGUGGUUUUACCUUCCUGAGUCUGAGGGUGGUUUUACCUUCCUGAGUCUGAGGGUGGUUUUACCUUCCUGAGGGUGGUUUUACCUUCCUGAGUCUGAGGGUGGUUUUAUCUUCCUGAGUCUGAGGGUGGUUUUACCUUCCUGAGUCUGAGGGUGGUUUUACCUUCCUGAGUCUGAGGGUGGUUUUAUCUUCCUGCGUCUGAGGGUGGUUUUACCUUCCUGCGUCUGAGGGUGGUUUUACCUUCCUGAGUCUGGUGGUGGUUUUACCUUCCUGAGUCUGGAGGUGGUUUUACCUUCCUGAGUCUGGGGGUGGUUUUACCUUCCUGAGUCUGGGGGUGGUUUUACCUUCCUGAGUCUGGGGGUGGUUUUACCUUCCUGAGUCUGGGGGUGGUUUUACCUUCCUGAGUCUGGAGGUGGUUUUACCUUCCUGAGUCUGGGGGUGGUUUUACCUUCCUGAGUCUGGGGGUGGUUUUACCUUCCUGAGUCUGGGGGUAGUUUUACCUUCCUGAGUCUGGGGGUGGUUUUACCUUCCUGAGUCUGGGGGUGGUUUUACCUUCCUGAGUCUGGGGGUGGUUUUACCUUCCUGAGUCUGGAGGUGGUUUUACCUUCCUGAGUCUGGGGGUGGUUUUACCUUCCUGAGUCUGGGGGUGGUUUUACCUUCCUGAGU